AUGGACCCUGUGAUCCCGGCAGGCCCUGGCACCAGGACCAGGACCAGGACCAGGACCAGGACCAGGAUGGACCUCAGAGGAACAAAUGCUGUGCUCCUGCUGGUUGCCUCCUCCCUGGUUUCCAUGGUAACCUCAAGCUCACCUGCUGCAGGUUUGCUGGACUUCAACAGGACAGCAGAGUCUCCAUCACAUCCUUCGUCAACCCCCCCUCUCAGGCCCCUGGUCUCCAGCCCCCCCUCAGACUCUGGUUACCAUGGUAACGGUGGCAGCACCGGCCUAACUGAGGACCCAGACUCAGGCGCUCAGGGGAUCCACCUCCUGCUGAGACCCCCGGACCUCCUGUCCCCCAGCCUCCCACCACCUCUCCCUCCACACACCCAGCCCACCCUCACCCCCCCGCCUCCCUGGGAGCAGGGCCCCUCCCUGGAGGAGGCCUGGGGGUCCGGGGACUACCUGGAGACGCUGUCCUUCAUGGUGCCUGACGGCGAGGAGCUGGCCCUGGCCACGCCGCUGCCCCACCACCCCUACGAUGACGAUGAGGCGGGAGGGGACUGGGUCUCCUACGACACCGCCUUCCCUACUCGCCCCACCCUCCCCCUCUCCUCCCGCCUCCUCCUCUUACCCUCCUCCCCCACCCCCGGCACCCCCCCACACACUCGGCCCUCCCAACCGGACGUCUUUCCCGCCUGGGACGAGGACUACGACCUGGAGGACAUGAUGCCUCUGGAGCCGACGGAGCUGCUGCUGCCGGACAUGAACAGCCUGGAGUACUACACCAACUUACUGGCUCGGGAGAGGGAGCGGGACCGGGAGCGGGACCGGGACCGGCCGGGACCGGGGGACCGGGACUCCAAACCCUCCAUCGCUCCUACAUCAAGCCACAACCACACCAACCCUCCCCCUCCAUCGCUGCCUCCGAGCUCGGGUCCCCCAUCGGGACGGGGCCCCACACCUCCACUCGUAGUCUCACCUACGCUCACAGGAGAGGAAAAGCCACCUUCGGUCCGCUCCACCUUCAAGACCUCCUCUGCCCCUCCUCCUGCUCCGAGACCCAAAGACCAGGCCCCCGUCCCGGUCCCAGGCAGAUACCCCCCCCGUGCCCCCUCCAACACCACCGGCCGGGUGCCUCCUCCUCCACCCCUGGGUCCACCGACCCGCCCAGAACGACCAGAGAGGCCGGCCAAGACUCCGCCAACCAGGACCACCACCACCACCAGGACCACCACCACCCAGAACACAGCCAUCAGCCUGACCAGGGCCCCCCCGGUCACCACCACCAGGGUGGCUCAGACCCCCCCCUCCAGACCCUACCUGUGUAACGUCACCAAGCCAGAGAUGUACCUGGUCAGAGCAGGCAGCUCUAAAGGCUCUCCGGCUGCUUUCAGUCAGGUCAGAGAUCUUCUGAAGAAAGAGUUCAACCGCUCCGUCGAGCUUCAGUUCCUCAGGACUCCGUCCAGUUUCUCCUUCCGUGUGGUGUCGGGACCGUUAAUCUUCACCGCCAUCUCUGUCAUCAACGCUCUGCGCCAGCCGCGAGGCUCCGGGCCCGUUCCCGGCGUGUCCCCGCUCUACAGCGUACCGGGCCUCCGGUACCAGGUCCACACUGUGCUGCAGUUCGUCCCGGCGCACGUCGACAUCAGAGUCUGUAACUUCAGCGAGCAGGUGGAGCGAGGCCUGAGCUCGGCCUACGCUGAGACCCAGAGACGCUCGCACCUGGCCGGCAACGUCACCGUACAGCUGUUGAACAUCACGGCGGGCCUAACUCACCCGCUGGCGGAGCAGAAGCUUCCUGUUGACAUCACGUUUGCGGUGCGUGAUGGGCGGGGCUUCCUGCCGGGGUCAGAGGUCAGCGAACACCUGAGGAAGCUCAGCCUGGUGGAGUUCAGCUUCUAUGUGGGAUUUCCUGCGCUGCAGAUCGCAGAACCGUUUCACUACCCAGAACUCAACACCUCUCACCACCUGCGCUCCACCUGGGUUCGCACAGUCCUGCUGGGGGUCCAGGAUCAGCUGGUGGUUGAAAGAAGUUUUAAGGCUCGUCUGGAGAGGCGUCUGGCUCUGCUGCUGGAGGAGGGGCUGGGAGCGUCCAGCAGGAGGCGCUGGAGGAGAGCCACAGCGGUGGCCAACAACAGUCUGCAGGUGGUGCGGGUGUCGAAGCUGUCGGGGGCGGAGCGUCCUCUGGAGGUCCUGUAUUUCGUGGAGGGUCCGACAGGUGAGCGGAUACCAGCGGAGGUAACAGCGGAGACCCUGAACCGUCUGGACCCCCAAAGAGCCGCCAUCGUCCUGGGACACCGAGUCCAGAGACCUCUGGCCCAGCCUGUGGAGACCCUGUCUAUCCCCCCGGCGGAGACUCAGAGCAGCAGUAUUUGGCUGAUCGUGGGCGUGGUGGUCCCCGUGCUGCUGGCCCUCUUCAUCAUCAUCAUCCUCUACUGGAAGUUGUGCGGCUCGGAGAAGCUCGAGUUCCAGCCGGACGCCAUCAACACCAUCCAGCAGAGACAGAAGCUUCAGGCUCCCAGCGUGAAAGGUUUUGACUUCGCUAAGCUGCACCUGGGUCAGCACAGCAAGGACGACAUCAUGGUGAUCCAGGAGCCCGGACCCCUGCCCCCCCCCAUCAAAGAGGCCACACCCUCCGACGGGGGAGAACUCAACACCCCCAAAUCUAAAGGAUCGUCCACCAAAGCAGCUCGGUCCAGCCGGCGCAGGGGCAGGCUCAGCCCGUCAGACGCUGACUCGGUAGGAAGCGACCAAUCCAGCGGCAGAGAGUCAGCGGAGGAGAGCACCCGGCCCGUGGCCACACCCUGCGAGGGGAAGCAGCACAGGAAGCCCAAAAAUGGGAGGAGCAAGCUGGCCCCCCCAGGAAGCGGUCCAGACGAGCUGCUCUCCUCGUCCUCCAUCUUCGACCACGUGGACCGCCUGUCCCGCGGCUCGUCGGACGGGACGCGUCGUCAAGGCAACAAGGUCCAGCUGAUCGCCAUGCAGCCACGCCCCAGCCCCCCCCCGAUGCACCCCCCCACCCAGCAGAGCCCCACCCUCACCGAGAAAGUCAGCACGGAGGUGGCGCUGCGUCAUAAAUCAGAGAUCGAGCAUCACAGGAACAAACUGCGUCUGCGUGCUAAGAGGCGGGGUCAGUGUGACUUUCCCUCCAUGGAUGACAUCAUGGAUGCGUUUGGAGACGGGCCGGUGCAGAGCGAGGUGGCCCAGCGCCUCUACAGCUCCGCCCACGACCACAUGGACUGCAUCCUGCAGGGCGACACCCACUCCCCCCCCACCCCCACCGACUCCAGGAGGAGAGGGAGGCGCUCUCCUCGGGGCCGCCGGACUCAGCCCGGACCAGGAAGCCUUCCUGAUACAGACCGAGACCGGCUGCUCACAGACCACAGCGCCACCUACAGGAAAUACCCAGGACUCAACAACGUGGCCUACAUGUCGGACCCGGACCUGCCUCCAGACCACGGCAGCCCCUCCCCAACUGAUGAGGUGUUUGACUCCGCCCCCGCCCCGCCCCCCUACAUGCCCCCCCAGCCCUCCAUUGAAGAGGCUCGGCAGCAGAUGCACUCCCUCCUGGACGACGCCUUCGCCCUGGUGUCCCCGUCCUCGCAGGGCAGCGCCGGGCUGAGCGGGGUAAGCCCCGCCCUGCCUAGCCCCUCCCCCCAGGCCCGGCCCCGGGGCCGGCAGUGGGGCUCUUACCCAGCUGCCCCCUCUCACAGCCCCUUCUCUGCAAGAUACGCAGAGCUGGGCAUGUCCCCCACCUCGGUGCAGGGUCUGCUGCAGAGGCAGGGCCUCGGCUCAGGAGGGUACGUUUCUACUGGAGACCAGCUGCAGGAGUCAGUCUACUCCAACAGGGGGCAGUACGAGGACCCCCCCUCUUCCUCCAGACCCCGGCCUGUAGGGGGCAGCACAGGUGCGCAGCUCCACCACCUGACCCAGGUGGGUUUGUCAAGCCAGAUCGGUGCGUACCCCGGAGUGGGUCGCAGCAUGUCGGGUCCCACCGGCUCCAGCUGGAACCAGCAACACACAGACCAGGAUCUGUCCAGACCAGGGGCCAGCAGAGAGAGUGUGCUGUCGUUUCCUGAGUUCUCCUCAUCCUCGGUGUUCCAGAUGCCCAGCUCCUCGUUGCGGGACCCUUCGGCUCCACCGCUUCUCCUGACCUCACCGACUCCAGAGUAUCCACCGGAGGACGCCUCACCCUCCGCUCACACCUCCGCCUCUCUUAUCAAGGCUAUCAGGGAGGAGCUGAGACGUCUGGCCCAGAAACAGGCAGCAGUGACCAGCUACCCUUAG